AUGGUUGCGUCAAGUUUAAUGAUUGCAUUAGUCCUUGUGAUACUAACUACAUUACUGAUAGCCUUCCAAGUCAAAAAGACAUUGGUAAGUGGUCACAAGAGUAGUCAAAGUAGCAGUUACGUGAAAAAGGUUCCUACCAUAAUAAUUGCUGGACCUAGUUAUUCCGGUAAGACAAGCUUGUUCCAUAAAUUAACUAGUGAUGAAACAAACGCUAAGUUAUUAACGGUCAUGUCUCAAGAGCCGUCAUUUGCAUUAAAAUAUAAAGGAACUAUGACAACUCUGGCUGAUUAUCCUGGUCAUGUUAAGUUGGCAUAUAAGUUGAAAAAUGGUAUAAUAGACUUGAAAGGUAAUUUGAAAGGUAUUUUGUUUGUUCUAGACAGUACAAUCGAUCCUAAGAAUAUAACUGAAACAGCAGAGUACCUUACCGAAAUUUUGCUAAUAUUGGAAAAAAUUCGGGAGCCAAUUGAUAUAUUAAUAGCCUGUAACAAGAAUGAAUCAUUCACAGCAAGACAGCCAUUGAAAAUCAAAGAAGCCUUAGAAAAUGAGAUUACUAGGAUAUUUGAAAGGAAAAAAAAAUCUCUCGGUAAUAUAGAACGUGAUAUUGGUGACGUUGAUGAAAUAAACGAAAACUUGGAUCUAUCCUUCGAUAUUUCAAAGGGGUUUAAGUUUGACUACCUCGAGGGAAAUGUUGAAGUAUUGGCGGGAAGCGUACAUAAGAAUAAAAUUACAACAUGGCAGGAGUGGGUUGGAAGUCAUCUGGUUUGA